AUGCAGGCCCAGCCUGAUGCACCUUCUGUCACAACCGCCCAUCUUUGUGAUCCGUGCAUCAUCUCAAUGUGCAUUAUAUCAAUGCUAUCUGAGUUAUUCACCAGCACGCUGCCGACCCACAGCCUUCCCAUCGAAUACCACGCCAAAAGUGCCACGUAUGGUCCUGCUCUGACGUCGCGACGCCAGCAGACUAUCCCAAGCUCCGGUAAUAAAAGAGACAAUUUCCGAUUCUCAAACGAGUACCCGGCUGCCUAG